CUAUGAAUGCAUUUUAUAUUUUUUAUUGUUUUUGGUAGAAUGCGAACGCCAUUCUUUUACGACCAUGCAUUUAAAAAUCAUUGUAGUGUUAUUGCAAUUAGUGUUUGUAGUGUUUGCAGAUGACGAUGGUACCAUUGUAACAAUUUCAAAUGGUAAAAUACAAGGGAAAACAAAGAAGAGUCUAGAUGAACAAAAAUACUAUGCUUUUGAAGGGAUACCUUAUGCUGCACCUCCCACAGGAGAUAAUAGAUUUAAGGCUCCACAAAAAGUAGACGACUGGGAUGGAGUUCUAGCAACUAAAAGAAACGAAAAAGCUUGCUUACAAAUCAUUGCAGUUAUUCCACAGGGAUCUGAGGACUGUCUAUAUCUGAACGUAUAUACUCCUGCGGAUUUAAAAAGCAGCAACAGUCAAUCUCUACCGGUCCUUGUAUGGUUCUAUGGUGGUUCAUAUCAGACCGGUUCAACAGCAGAUGUUAAACCAGUUUAUUUCAUGGACUAUGAGGUUAUACUUGUAACUGUCAACUAUAGACUGGGGGUAUUUGGAUUUUUAUCGACCGGUGACGAUGUGGCUAGUGGAAAUUGGGGUUUGAAAGAUCAACGUUUUGCUUUACAAUGGGUGAAGAAAAACAUAGAUCAGUUCGGUGGUGAUCCAAAUAAAGUAACUAUAGGAGGACAAAACGCUGGUGCAAGUUCAGUUGGUUACCAUAUGUUGACAGAUACUCAUCGAAACAUUAGAAAAGGAUUAUUUAGAGCGGUUAUCUCAGAAAGUGGAUCUCCUCUGUGUCCGCAAUAUUUCCAAUCUAGUCCAAAGAAGUACGCAGAUGAGUUGGCUACACUAAUUGAUUCUUCUUUUAAGGGAAAUUCGGAAGCCUUAGUAGCGUUAUUGCGAAAACAAACGCCUGAAAAACUUACUAGAUUAUCUAAUGCCAUAAAGUUACGUCAUUUACCUAUAAACGAUCCCGUCCAAUCGAUAUUCAUCUAUAAUGUAUGGUUACCAGUUAUCGAGGAUAGUGAUAGUGAUAGUGCCUUAAUAUAUCACCCGAUGCACAAAGAUUUUAUGGAUGGAAAAUUUUCGGAUAUACCUUUGUUAAUAGGCUACAAUUCAGAAGAAGCUAUUUAUUAUCCGGAUUAUGUAGCAGCGCUAGCUUUUUCCUCAAGAAUAAAUGACAAUCCUCAAUCUCUAGUAUUUGAUAACCUUAAUGUAGAAGAUAAAACUCAAGCUGGAAAUGACAUAAAAGCAAUAUACGCUUCCUCAUUUAAGGACAACAAAGGACUACUCUUAGAAUUCUUUAGUGAUAACGUGUACACAACUCCCAUAAUACGUCAAGCAGAGUUGGUAUCUAAGAAAUCUCCUGUUUAUCUUUACGAAUUUGCUUAUAGAGGAUCAAACCAACUGAUUCGUUUUGAAGAAGCUGAUAAUGUUGGCCAUGCAUUUGAACUAAGAUAUUUAUUUGGCAAUAAAAAGUUCAACAGCAAAAAUGAUAAAUUGUUACAUGAACGUAUGAUGAAAAUGUGGACAAAUUUUGUUAAAUACAUGAAUCCUACACCUGAUGAAGACGAUGAUCUAGUAAAAUGGUCAAAAGUGAAAUCUUCAAAUAAUAUGGAGUAUCUUAUAAUUAAUUCUACUUUGGAGAUGUCUUCACAACCAAAAAGAUACAAAAAAUGGAAAGCUGUUUUGAGUGAACAUUUAUCAAGUCCCUAUUGGGUAUAUUAAAAAAAUUCCAACUUACAGUAACUUAAACUAUUUAGUUUACAAACAUUCAUUAUUUUUGUUAUUUAAAAUAUCUCUGAUCUUGUGAAUAAAUGUUACUCACAUAUAACA